AUGGUGCAAUCACAUAUGACAGCUCUGGAAGCAUUUCUCAAUGAACAUCCAGAGAUCAAGUGCACGCUACCUUCCUCUUCUGAGUAUGCGAAAGAUCGGGAAAUCUUUCUUCUCUCUCGCAAAGCCAAUCCAUUGGCAAUAGCUCAUCCAGAAUCGGCAGAGCAAGUGAAGGCACUUGUAAACUUUGUUCGGUAUAAUGGAAUCAAAUUCACCGUUCGAGGAGGAGGCCACAACCUCCAAGGUCUCUGCAUAGAAGAAGGAGCCUUGACAAUUGACAUGCGAGCAUUCACAUCUGUCAAGAUCGCCGCUGAUCGCAAAACAGCAACAGUGGGCGCCGGAAUAUUGCAAGACCAGCUAGGCAGAAUCCUGUGGAAGGAGGGACUCUCUACACCAGCAGGCGCCAUUCCAUCGGUUGGGUACCUCGGCUGGGCAAUGUAUGGCGGAUAUGGUCCUUUUUCGUCCAACUGGGGAUUGGGAGUUGACCAGAUCGUUGCUGCGACUGUACUUGAUGCUAGUGGUGCUAUCAUUGAGGCCGAUACAACCUUGCUGAAAAGCAUUCGAGGAGCAGGAGGAGCGUUCGGAAUCAUUCUGAAUGUCACCAUCAAAGUAUAUCCCUUGAAAACUCUUUUUGCCGGCGCAAUCAUAUAUGAUUCGAAGGACAUGGAGAAAGCAUUCAUUGAAUACAACGCAGGAUACCGAAAAUUAUCGCGAGAAGGUAUUCCAAAAGAGCUUACUCUCCAACCAAUGGUCUUCAAUUCACCUCAUGGAAGACUGUUCUGUGCCACUUUCACUUGGAGUUCCGAAGAUUUAGAUGAGGGCCGCCGGUGGUCUGAGAAGGUCGCAUCCUUGACUACUGUCUUGAUGAACACGGUUGCAGUAACCACUAUCCCAGACUGGUAUGAUGGUAAUGCAGCCUUGAUUCCAACAAACGCAUACGGUCAAUUUCGCACGCUCAAUUUGCACGAAAUCACUCUGGAGACAGCAGAAUGUCUAGGCCGUCAUCUAGCAAAGAUGCCAUCUGACCUAUGUACCAUGUUCUCAAUCCAUCAGUCAAGAAUAACGACGUCAACUCCGAACAGUGACUCCGUAUUCGCAGUAAGGGAGCCCCAUUUCAUGUUGGAAAUCAUUGGUUGCGCAACAACCGAGGAGAAAAGUGCAGAGUCGGAACAGUGGGCCUUGAAUCUGUGGAACGAUGUCGGCGAGAUUGAGAGAAAGAAUGUCCUUGACGGUGCUUAUAUAUCGCUGCAUUAUGCCGAGGAACCUCACUUGAGUACACUCAGUAGAUAUUUCGGUUCUCAUGUUAACGACAUUCUCGCAACGAAAAAGAGAUAUGAUCCCGAGAACGUAUUUGACCUCACAGUACCUCGACUGGGUGCUUAUAUAUAG